AUGGCUGCUGUUAUCCAUUUUCGUAACUGGUGCGAAACCAAUCUCCUUAUUCGACCUGCCCUCGUGCAACACAUGACUGACGUUGAAGGUCUUGACUCUGUUGACUCCUUCGCCAACAGAACAACUUCUCAAGUUCGUGAAGACAUCAAAUCUAUGCGAAGAGCUCCAGAUCCCACCAAUGCAAAUGCGACUAUCGGAGUCACCGCUCGCGAAUCGAUGACGAUUCAUCGUAUCUCCAAAUAUGGGAUGCUCCUCAUUUUGGUCCAAAGAACACACACUCCAGCUCUUGGAACCAUUCCAAAUCUUCUUUUUAUUGGUCAAUUCUAUGAUGAAAACCCGGAUCUCAUGGAAGGGGAAUCCUACCCACUUCCUCCUCAUCCCCCAAAGUUCAACAAUCGCGAUGGCCGAAUCAUGAUGGAAAACAUUGAAAGUUGGGCUCGUACCGCCUACGGAUAUCGUGGAAUUCGCCUUGAUUAUAUCUUCCGUGAAAAUUCUGAACUGCCAGUUGUUGGUGACCCUGGAUUCCUUCGAGCCGACGACGGCUCUUGCUCCAUCGAAGAAGAACUUGUCCGACGUGCUGCCCAUACUGGUGCUGUUUUCCGUCGCAACAACCAGAAAUUUUGGGUUAUGCUCCAUGCAGUCACACAUGAAACGGAUGCCUACAAUCAUGUUCGUCAAUUUGCUCCAAGUUUGAAUGGUCGCGCUGCUUACUUCGCUCUGUUUGCACAAUAUCGUGGAAGGGGACAUUUCACAAAUGAACGCCAAGCUGCUGUCCGUGUCCUUGCAACACUUCACUGGAACGUCUUAGCUGCCGGUAACGACAACACCCAGCGCCGCAAUCGACAACUUGCUGCUUUCACUCGUGGUGGUGGCGGACGCGGUGGUGAUGGUAGAAGUGGAGGUCGUGGCCAAGGAAAUGGCGCCACAAACCGUCUGCAAUCGAAUGUACCAGACCGCUUUAGCCGAAAUGGGAUACUACUAAAUGAUGGAGGUUAUUCAAAUCAAAUCUGGAGAGAGGAGUUUACACAAGAAGAAAGAAAUAUUUGUUUAGAAAUGCGUCGCAACCGUCGCAAUGGUGGUGGUCGUGGCGGAAGAGGCCGUGAAGGCCGUGGUGGUCGUGGUCGUGGUAUCAGCGCUGUCCAUGACGGACGGGCUGAUCAAGAAGAAACAAAAGAAGAAAGCAACAAUGAAAGUAACAAUGAUGGACGUGGGGCAGGUGCAGGAAUGAGUCGACGCCGUCGUUGA